AUGCGAAUAUUCUCUCUCAUUCGAGAAUUCCAACAGCUACAGAAAAGGCUUUAUGAAAACGGAUACCCAAAAAGUUUCAUCCUCGGGAAUAUUGGCGAACGCACCAAGAAGCAACAAUGCAACAAGCGAGCUGGUCAGAUGGUACUUGAGGAUUGCAAUCGCAAGCGCUUUCCCUACGGCGAACUUACGCGUGUUCUCCACAAACUCUCCCCUCCUACGAUUGGGAGGUAA